AUGGCUGAGUACCUGGCUCUUGGUCACAUGCGCGAAGUAUCGAAUUCGAGCCUAGCGAAGUGUUUUCUUCCUCAUCAUGGAGUUUUGAAGACCAAUACGCCAACUCCUAAGCUGCGAGUUGUCUUUAAUGGCUCUGCUAGGAACAGAGGUGGUCUGUGGCGUCUUUAUAAGUUUGUCUUUACCACCGACGUAGAAAAGAUGUUCCGGCAGAUUCCAGUUCAUCCAGACGAUCAAACUUUUCAAGCGAUCCUAAGAGCUUCCAGGAUUCUUCGCGAGGAGUUUUAUGUAGAUGACUGUUUGUCAGGUGGUCAUUCGGUGGAGGAAGCCUCAAUAAAAUGUGAGGAACUCACGGAACUGGCACGGUUAGGUGGAUUUCCUCUUCGCAAAUGGUCCUCUAACUCGCCGCAGGCUUUGGCUUGCGUCCCUCUUGACCAUCGAGUCGACCAGCCAAAGACUUUGCAAGAAAAUCCAGAAGCCAUUUCAGUCCUUGGAUUGUCUUGGGACCUCCAGACUGAUGAAUUUGCUUUCAAAUUCACGGUUGAUGAGUUUCCUAAUCUCUGGACCAAGAGAACCUUGUUCGCCCAGACUGCCCGGCUCUUCGAUCCUUUGGGCUGGUUCUCAUUAGUGAUUAUAGUUCCAAAGAUGUUGCUACAAUCACUGUGGUUGCUUAAAAUUUCGUGGGACACGCCCCUUCCAGACUCAGUUGUUGAACCUUGGGUCAGGUGGUUGAGUGAGAUUCCUCAACUCAAUCAAGUGAGGAUUCCCCGUUGGAACUUUUAUUCCCCUAGUAUCCGGUUAGAGAUCCAUGGAUUCGCUGAUGCGUCUAAGUCAGCCUACGCUGCUGUCGUCUACACCCGCGUGGUUGUAGAAAAUGUUGUUCACGUGUCGCUUCAAAUAGCCAAGACCCGAGUUGCUCCUCUUAAGGUGCUGAGCAUUCCUCGGCUUGAGUUGUGCGGUGCACAUCUACUGGCUAAAGUCGUAAGACACUUUACUGACUGCUGUCCUUGUGAUGGAGUUCCCAUCCACCUGAAGACGGAUUCUCUUAAUGUCCUCCACUGGCUUAACGCUCCGGUCUUCGUCGCCAACAGAUGUUCAGACAUCCACCACUUGAUGCCGAGCGUUAAAUGGCAUCACAUCUCCUCAAAACAGAACCCAGCUGAUCUGGCUUCUAGAGGCAUUCUCCCUAGUCAGCUAAUUGCCAAGCAGUUGUGGUUUCAUGGCCCAGACGUGUUGCAUGAGACUGAUCCCCAGUACCCUGACCUGAAACUUGAAGUCAUCGAGCCGUCUCCCUCAUUCAACCUCGUAGCAAGUUGUUCGAAAAAGGAGCCAGACUCCUUCGUUACCUCGCUCCUUAGCCGUUGCUCUCAUUGGUUCAGGUUAACACGGGUCAUGGCUUACGUCCUGCGUUUCGCUUAUCGAUGUCUUGGUAGACUGAGGCAGUCAUCCUUAACUACAUCUAUACAGUCCACUGACCUGAGUUUCAUCAAACGUGAAGCUUUUGCACGAUACAUUUAUUCCAGCUUGACUACCAUUGAGUUAGAAUCGGCGUCUCUGCUUUUGAUCUUUGAUCAUCAACAGCGUCAUUUUGCUCAGGACAUUGCCGUCUUGAAACGCAACGCUAAUCUGCCCAUUAGUCAACAGGAGCAUCUUCCUGCCUCGAGCCGUUAG